AUGUCGCUGAUUAAGCAUAACUCCACGGCAAACGGGACGAACCAAAUUUGUUUGAGUGUGUUGCCUUUCGUAAACUCAGAUGGUUUGUGGGCAAAUGCUCAUAGCUAUCAAUGGUGGCUCAACAGUUCCUUGCCUCUCUUGGAAUUACAGUUGGUUGUGUUCGGUUUGAUGAUGAUAACUAUUCAGCUGCUUCUCAAGCGUCUUGGGGCCUCCAAAAUUUCCUCUCAAAUUUUGACUGGAAUGAUAUUUGGUUGUUCCUGGGGCGCGUUUGACGAAGCAAAAUUCAAGCUUUUUAGGAUUGACAGUGAAGAGGUGUUGGGAUUGCUAUCAUAUUUCGGGUACACGCUAUAUUUGUUCAUAACAGCAGUCAAAAUGGAUAUCAGAAUGACUAUGCAAACAGGCAAGAAAGCAUGGAUAAUUGGAAUGCCUUCAGUUCUUGUGCCUCUAUUUUGUGGUCUUUUUGUGUGUUCUUUUCUCCACAAAGGCCUAACUGUUGAAGAGAUAAGAAAGCUCCCAUUAAUGACUUCACUGCAAAGUAUGAUCUCAUUUCCAGUGAUUGCUUCACUUUUAAAUGAGCUGAAAAUCGUGAGCACAGAACUUGGUCGUUUGGGGCUGUCCUCAGCAUUAGUUGCAGACAUAUUCAGCCUAAUUUCUAUGUUAACUACAAAACAACUGACACGAGAGAGUGCUGCAAAAGUGUAUUAUUCAUUUGGAGCAUUGUUUGUUCAAGUUUUUUUGGUGUCAUUUUUGUUUAGGCCUGCAGUGAUUUGGAUUCUGAAACGAACACCUGAAGGGAAGCCAGUGAGCCGUGGUAGUACCCAAGGAGUUUUUGUUUUGGUUCUGCUUUCUUCUAUGACAUCUACUGUUUUGGGGCACUCAGUAAUCUUAGGGCCUUAUUUGUUGGGAUUGGCCAUUCCUGAUGGAGGCCCUGCGGGAUAUUCUUUUGUUGAGAAGAUGGAAUCCUUUGUUUCAGAUUUUUUCGUGCCACUGUUUGCCAUUACUUGUUCUCUCAAGGUGGAUUUAUCCAAGCUUUUCAUAGCAUAUGGGGCUGCUUUUACAAGAGUUACCGUAAUUCUUGCCUUUAUAACUAGUGUAGUCAAAUUCUCGUGUGUCUUUCUUGGCUCAUUGUAUUGUCAGCUGAGCACUAGAGAUUCCUUGGUGCUGUCCCUCAUUCUCAGCUGCAAGGGUGUUGUUGAGUUGGCCUUUACCUCACUCUACACUGAAUACAGAGUUAUCAGCAAAGGGACGAUGGGGUGGAUCACAUUUUUCAUAUUCCUUCUUGCAACCUUUGCGCCAAUUGGAGUGAAAUGCGUGAAUGACCUUUCAAGGAAACAAGCAAGCAACCAGAACAGGAGCAUCAUGCACAUGAGCCCCAACUCAGAGCUGAGAAUCCUUGCUUGCAUUCACAAAAACGAAAACAUCUAUGGCUUGAUUCAUCUUUUGAACAUCACAUGUCCAACCCCAGACAACCCCAUCUCGGUUUACGUGCUCCAUCUGAUCGCGCUCGUGGGGCGGUCGAGCCCCGUGUUCAUUUCCCACAGACAGGAAGACAAGCCAAUUGGGGACCAACCGGCCUACUCAGAAAAUGUCAUCGUUUCUUUUGAGCACUUGGAGCAGGAAAAUUCAGGCGCAGUGUAUGCUGAAUGCUUCACCACAGUCUCACCAAGCAAGUUCAUGCACAACGACGUAUACAAAUUGGCAAUGGACAAGUUCACAUCCCUCAUAAUAUUGUGUUUCCACAGGACAUGGACAAGUGAUGGGCUGAUAGACCAAGAGGACAACACAAUGAGACAUUUGAACUGCAGUGUCAUUGAGAAAGCGCCUUGCUCGGUGGCCAUUUUGGCUGACAAAGGGCGUUUAGGGAGCCUGGCUUCCAUGGCAUCAGUAGGGCGUGGGAAAUGCAAGUAUUCAGUCUGUGUGAUAUUCUUGGGAGGGAGUGAUGAUCGAGAGGCCAUUUCAUUUGCAAAACGAAUGGCAAGGGACUCAGAGAUUGAUCUAACAGUCCUGAAACUUGGGUCGGCAGUGGAUGAUGGGUCCAGCAAAUGGGACAAGAUCCUUGACUCUGAGGUGAUCAAGGACUUCAAAACGACAUUCUUGGGGGAUGGGAGGGUGAGGCUCAUAGAGGAAGAGAGUGAAGAUGGGCCUCAAACAGCGUUGAGACUCAGAGAAAUAGUGAAUCAAUAUGAUCUGAUGAUCGUAGGAAGAAGAAAAGGGUUGGAGUCAUCAUCGCCUCAAACAUCAGGGCUAAGUGAAUGGAAUGAGUUUCCAGAGCUGGGAGUUCUUGGGGAUUUGAUUGCAUCACUUGAUAUCAACACAAGAACUUCUGUCUUGGUAAUACAACAACAGAAGUAGUAAUAUAUACUUCAUUUCAUCAUCCCACUAUCCCACUCCUCAACACAACUA